ACCCCGCUGGCGCCUUAAUUUGGCGUCAUUUGUAUUAUGGGAUGUAUAGUACAAAAUCGAUACGUAGUGUUAUCACAGACAAAGACACUGGAUAAUGUAAAUAUUACAAAUUACUGCUAUUUAUUCAGGUCUUUCUGUUACUUUAUGACACUGAAAUAUAUUCUAACUGGUAACUUAAAGUCAAGUCUGAUGUAAUAUAAUGUCAGAAUAGCACUUCUGUAUGAGGUUUUAAGAAAUAUUUUUAACAAUUAAAACACAGGAAAAGGUGGAUUUUUUGUGCAUGCUUAUCGAUAUAUUAGGUAAUAACAAAAUUGUUUUUUAACAGAAACAUUAUCUCAAGAUGAGUUUGGUGUUUGACAAAAAUUGAUUAAGUGCACAUUUUAUAAACUAUAAUUUUUUUCAAUGCAAUUAUAGCUAUCACGUGCUUCAUACUAACAAUGGCAUACAUUUUUUAUUAAUUCAAACAAUGUUACACAGCAAAAUGAAAUUACUUUUAAAGGAAAACACAAAGUCCAUUGUUUGGUUUUUUUAUAUCUAAUUAAUGUUACAAUUAAUGUUACAAAUAAGAAAAAAAUAUCGAUCAAAUCUGAGCACGCAACAAAAACAUUCAGAGUAGACCAAGGUUACACCAAAACAUCAGUUGAUAAAAUUAAACAACUACAUCGACAAAUGAGGAAUGUUUUGUUCUCCACGUAAUGAUCAUUAUCUCCAUGGAAAGAACAAGACAAUCAGAUUCCAAGUGUAGCGUAUAAAAAGUCUCAGACGAUAAGUUUUCUCUGUGAAAAAAAAUGAGAGUUGUCCAUGUACGUAACACACAAUAAUUUAUUUUCUGGAUAGUAAAUUAACUUUUUACUUUUACUUUGUGUGUUAUAACUGGUCUUCUCUUCAAUUUUGCCUGUUUUGCGAUCAGACGAACACGCUAAAUAUUUACCAUUGAAUUUGGGACUUAAAUCAUCAUUCUUUAUGCAUGAUAUACAACAGUAAUUUAAAGAUCGAUCAUUUUAACCUAAUGUGUAAAAUUGUGAUGAACUAUUUCUUUAACAUUUGAAAGAAUUUGAAGGAUUAAUAACCAGCAGAUAGAUACUUAUUCGAGCGCAUUGUAUUAGGACGUUGAAGGAAUAAGCAAAAACUAUAAACACCUUAACGCGAGGAUUUAAAAUACAACAUUGAGUGCCUGUAAUGAAUGUAAAUCUCAUUUAAAAACCAGUUCAGAGCUUGGCUUCUAGUCUGAUUGCGAUCUGUGGAAAUAUUCUUAAAUCCCUCAGAACAAUAUUGUUGCGAAAAGAAGUUAAUUGUAAGAUUGGUAACUGGCUAUUUUAAAUGUCUUUACAACGAGCCUGCGCUUUGUGUCCAGUUGACCGUUUUACAUUUAAAUGAUUCGAUACGUACGUAUUUGUUGAGCUUCAUACAUUGAUUACCGAUGAACCAACUGCCCUGGAGGACAAUACCUUCUGACAAUCAGUCAACAGACCAAGGGACCGGGAGAUUUAUGAAUACUCCAGCGAUAUGUUUGUACCCAGGAUAACAAAGAUAUGUCUUACUGACGGAUCUGACGGUCUCUUUAUCAAGUGGACGGUACCGGCAUCACCUACCAAUAUAGUUGGUUAUGUAUUGGCCUUCAGAAGAAGUGACCUUGACCUUAAUUACAGCAGUGUCACAUUGAUAGGUGCAAAUGUGUCAAGCCAUGUCAUAGCAUUGUCCCGCUCAAGUCAGCGCUAUGACAUAAAGAUUUCAGCAUUUACAAGCAUGGAAUUUGGGGAUUUCUCUGACCCAAUCACCUGGUGCUCGUCGGGAUUUCAGUAUCCACGACGCCAAAACUUUUUACCAAUUCCAAUCAUUACAAAGAUUGUAUCUACUCAUGGAGGACACUCCAUUCAUGUCUAUUGGAAGAUCCCAGUGGACGUGUCUAGUUUAAUUGUAGAUAAUUUCUUAGUGUUAUAUAAAAGAUGUGGGCUUGAUACCGAUUUUAAGGAGAAACUUGUUCCCGGAAGUGAAGUCAUAAGCCACGAGAUUAUCGGACUAAGCGAGUGUACGCUAUACGAAGUACGAGUGGCGGCAUGUACUUCCAAACUGCGCGGGGGGUGUUCUGCCCCUGCCAUGAUUAGAACUGGGGUAACCAAGCCGAACUCGGUGAAGCUGAAGACGUCAAGAGCUCCUGAUUAUAAGCCCAGAAUUAUGAAGUUAUUUGAAACGAUAGGAGACAAACGAACCUUACACAUAUCAUGGCAGGUACCAGAUCACGUGACGUACCCACCAGUUGACGGAUACGUCAUUGCAAUAAGAAAGACAUCCAGUUACGAGACACCUUAUACGAAACAUUAUGUUAAAGAUCCACAAAAGGACAGUCACGUGAUCCAUGACAUUCACGAGCAUUAUCCUUAUGAAAUCAAAAUGGCAGCCUUCAACGCCUUUGGAGAAGGAAAAUUCACCAGAUGUGUAGUUGUCGACAAGAGCACGGUGAAAACCAAAGCGCGAACUCCACAGCAACUGCCAAAGAAAAUCAGAAAAUUAUUUCCUACAUAUUUUGUGGGAAAUAUCACAUAAUUAACAGACUAAAGCAAGCAAGAAAUAUAGCAAUGUCUUACAUGUAUAUGCAUCAUUUCACACUGUUAUGUGCAAAUAAAAUAUUUUUCAGACA